AUGUCGUCAGACGGUAAGCAGCAGCUCCUUGUGGUGGCGGUCGUGUCGGCGGCGGCUGCAACAAUGUCCGUGUUCUACUUGUGGAGGAAUAAGGACUUCACUAAAAAGCUAGGCAUGCUCGGACACAAGAUUGGUGCCGGGGUGCACAAGGACUCAUCAUCCUCUGCUGGCGAAGCGCCUGGGAGCGGCAUCCGUCCUGUCUCGGGUAUCGUGAAGAAGGGCUACACGCGCGAGCAGCUCUCCCAGUACGACGGUGUCAAGAACGAGCGCAUCUUUAUGAGUGUCAAGAUGAAAGUAUACGAGGUGGCCCCACACUUUUACGGCCCAGGGCAGCAUUAUCACGUGUUUGCCGGUACGGAGGCCUCCCGUGCCUUGGCAAAGGCGGACCUGACGGGGAAGUACCUCAACCAGUACUGGGUGAAUUGCUCCGAGGAGGAGCUGGAGGUGCUGGAGGAGUACGUGGAGAAGUUUAACUCCAAGUACCCAAUCGUCGGCUGGUACGUCCCGGAUGAUCAGUUCUACAAGGUGACGGAGUAA